CUUGAACCGUCCCCAGGAAGACAUCAUUCCCCGCGAGUACCUCCUCCGGGCGGACCGCACCUGUAAUUCACCUCCCCACUCAGUCCCAACCUUGUUCUGACGACGAGAAACAUCAAGCUAACUGAUAUAUGACAGCUGCCGUUCAACGCCCUGUCUGGAUCUUCCGUGAAGCGGAGGAUGGCAGAGAGGUGAACCAGAAAAAGUGGUCGAAGGUCGACAUCCGCUUCCGCGGCGUGUUCAAAUCGCUCAAGAAAGUCCCUCAGUUCGAGGAUGGCGUGUAUGAAGAGAACGGUGGAAACGUCAAGAGUCUCCCUACUGGAAUGUCGUUCAAGGAUUCAGCUAAGGCCCAGUCGUGGGUCGUGUAUGCCCUUUUGGACGAGAUUCUGAACCUGCUGGAUAUCAGACAGGAAUCGGAGGAUGAACACCAGUAUUUCUAUCUUCGCCCUCGCCUCCUCGGCUGCAGCAUGGAGUACUGGACCGGCUACCGUGUCAAACACAAGGAUGCGCCCAACACCGCUGGAUGGAUUGCUAUUGACCAUCAUCCUGAUAUCAAUGUGGCGCGUUGCAUCAUGCCAGUGUCUACUACCACAACGCCCACCCAAACCCCCAGCAACGCCCUCGCCACGAACUUCCAACACCUCCUCGGCCAACUCCUAAUCCACGUCCUCCGCCUACACCCAGCAGGCGACCAACUCCCGGACCAAGAAAUCUUCCUCAUCGGCCUGCACGGCUCCAAACUGCACCUCCUCCGGGGCAUCUUCCAAUCAUCCAAAACCUCCCGCGUCUGGUGCGGCCACCACAACACGACCUUCAUGGACGGCCUGGAAGCCAACAACCUCGCCACUCUCUACGAAGACCGGUACAUGUCCGCCGCACACAUGGAACGCUUCGCCGAGCAACUCCACUGGCUCCAACUCUCGCGCGACGAGCCCGAAGCCUCCGCCACCGAAAGCGCCGACCCCAGCGUAUUCCGCGUCCUCAGCAGCAAGGAGUACGAUCUCUGGCUAAAGGAUGAGUUCAAGGACGCGGUGCGUCUGAUUUCCGCUCUGGCGAUGUAUCUGAUGAGCGGGCAGGCGCGGUGCGGGAUCCUGCAGGAGAUCUUUGAGCUUUUCCCGUACGGAACGGGGCUCACCGGCGAGGAUAAGUCGGAUGGGGUCGCGGAGGAGAGUAUCGAUGAUGAGAUCGAGAGGGAGCAGUUGGACUUGUUGUUGCAGGAGAUUGAGAUCGCGGAGAUGGAGGAGAAGAAGGCGCUCAAGGAUCGGUUUCUGGCCCAGGCGAGGGAUUCGAUGCGUGAGACUGCUGUCGAUCGUAUUGGCGGGCUUCGUGAGUGUCAUCAUCCCUGGUGGGAUUGGGUGUGGGAUGAUGAGGAGACGGAUGGUAAGAUGGGGGUCGGUCGGAAUUGAUUGGGGAUGAGGCGUGGUGGAUGCGUUUUUCGGUUUUCUUUUUCUUUUUCUUUUCUUUUUCUUUUUUUUUCUUUUGUAUGAGUAUGCUUCUGGUGUUGGCGAGGGUGGGUAAAGAGUGGUUGGAUUGUACGAAACAAUGCGCUGGGAAACGCGUUGGCUUGAGAAAGCUAUAGGAAUCUGGCGAAGCUGAGACGGAUGGAUGGGUUUGAACGUUGAACGGAUUUGGCGACGCUGAGAUGGACUGGCAUGAGAAAAUCGG